AUGUAUGCUAUUUUCAGUGAUGUAGAGGCAAAAAACAUAAUAACUUGUCCAAAAGACUCCUCGUUCAAGUGUUAUCAACAACAAGCUGUCAUGGUGUUUCCCGGCCAAAAAGACCUCGAAAUGAUAUGUUACAACAAGGACAAUAUUGAAGUCAUGAAAACUAGCAUUGGUAAGUUAAUUUUGAAAAAAAAUUUUGGGCGUGGUAAAAUUGUUAUUUUUGCGGGUGGAUUUUUUUUUGCAAUUUUUGAAAAAUUUUAAAAAAUUUCGUUUUUUGGGUUUUAAUUUUUUCAAUUUUUUAGGAAUGUCACUAGCCACGGAAUGUCCAAUGGUGAACGAAUGUGAAAAUAUCGAGUAUCCUUCGCCUUUUGUAAAGAAAGUGCGUGCUAUUUUGUGUUUUUGUAAAGAAAGUUCUUGCCAUUGGAAAGCCUGUAAAGAAAGUUCUUGUCUUUUUUUGUUUUGUAAACAAAGUUCUUGCCAUUUUUUAUUUUGUAAAGAAAGUUCUUGCCAUUUUUUAUCUUAUAAAUUUUGCUUUUAGGUAUCAGUUUCAACCACAAAUACACAGCUAUUGCCAGUGUCAUAG